AUGGGAAGAAAGCGGCGACCCUCCUCCCCCUCCACCGUGAAGCAGUCGCCCCAGUCAAUCGGACGACCUGGCACAGGGACGACCCCAGCGACGAGGUCUCGGUCGAGGGCAGCUUCAACUGCCGGCGGGGAAGAGUUGACAUGGCCGCCAGCUUCAGCUUCACCUGCCGAUACUGCUGCAAGUGCCUUUUUACCCAACUCUCCCCUCCCUCGUAUGCCGUACCUGCUGGAGUAUGAUUCAAACGGACAACUCUGCCAAGAAGAAGACCAAUCCCUUGACCCGGACCAAGAGCUGAUGGAACCCUACUGGAAGGUGGAACAAGAAUACUUUGACAAGUUAUUAGCUGAAAUAAGGAAGCUUCCCACACUGGAUUCAGACACUGCUACUAGUCCAGAUAUUAUUCAAGAAAGUGCAGCAGAUACCAUCCUUCAAGCAUCAGAGUUUGUUUUAGGGCUCUCCUCAUAUAUUACUGGUGAGUUACUAAGAAAAUGCUCUGGCAUUUUGAUGGAGUGGAGUAAGGGCACUGGAACCAUUCUAACAAUUGCGCAACUCAUCUGCUCAAAAUCUCCAAAUGUUGAUGAGUGGUUAGGCGGAGAUGAAUAUGCUCUAAAUGCUGAAGAAAAAUUAUUAGCUUUAAUUUUCAGAGCAAUUUGA